AUAGCCGAUAUGCCUCUGCAGCAACUGUCCCUCGGUGGAUCCGUCUCCCCCCAAGACGACCCCCUCACGCCCUCUGACCUCUCCUCCAUGAGUCCAGAUACCGGCUUUAACAGCGACCCCCUGGGGGAAAUGAUGAGCUCACCUCUCAGCCCGGUGAAUCUUCAGCCAUGUUCAGCUGCUCCUCUGGCUACACACAUCAAAGAAGAACCAAUGUGUUCCCCUCCAGCUCCCUGUCAGUUCUCUUUAAAGCCGGCCUCUCUGCGGACACAUUGCCCGAUCACCGCCCCGGCUCCAGCGGUGAAUCUGGACAAAGACCGGCUGCUGCACGAGAAGGACCGGCAGAUCGAGGGUCUGACGCGGCUGCUGAGGCAGAACCAGCGUCUGGUGGAGCUGCUGAGGCUGCAGCUGGAGCACCGCAGCAGGGAGGGGGCAGAGCCGCUGGUUCUGGUACGAGUUAAACAAGAACCUCCUGAUAAACCCAGCGUCCCUCUCUCUUUCCGCCAUACACCGUCACCUCUUUCACGUGAGAUGGUAACUGUCAAACAGGAGGCCACUGAUUCAGAGGAGAGUGAGACAACCACACAAUUACCAGAAAGAACUCAGGAGGCGCAAAUCAAACCGCAACAGAUGAACACUCAGACUAAACAACUUCUGCAGCAAAGCACUCUGCAGCUGGCCCAGCAGCAGGCCGUACAGCAGCUGUUGCUCCAGCAGCAGCGCAACAUUCAGAACCAGCAGCAGCUCAUCCAGAACCGCAGUCAGACGGCGGAGAACCUGCAGAAAGUUUCUCAGCAGAGGAAGAAGAAAUCUCACAAGCAGCAGAUCAAACAGCAGCAGCAGCAGCAGCAUGUGUUGCAGUCACAACAACAGCAGCAGUCAAAACAACAACAACAACAUCAGCAGCAGCAGCAGCAGCUGAAGCAGCAGAUUCUGCUGAAGCAGCAGAAGACGUUGCUACAGCAACAGCAGAGCAAACAGCUGCAACAGAUCCAGAUCCAGACCAAGAUCCAUGUGAAGCAACGACAGGCAGCUCAGGUGUCUCAGCAGCCAGGCUCAGCGCCCUCUUUCCCUCUGGAUCUCUUCAAGGGCGACUCCACCCCCACUCUGGUCACCGACGGAAACGGCAACCACUUCCUGAUUGCACUGACCAAUCACAUCGCUCAAAGCCAAAGAACUGAUGCACCUGAGAGCAAAGCAACCAAUCACAUCGCACUGCAGCGACUACAGUCCACUCCAGCCAAGCUCCCCAGCCACAACGCUGUUCAGCAGACAAACGCUGAAAAUCAUUGCCAACAGAAUGUGGGAUUUUUAAAACAGCAAGAGACAAAGAAUGGGAGACCUCAGGAGUCUGUAGUCCAUCAGCAGGACGUUUCUCAGUGUCUGUCUGCCCCCCCCAGCCUGAAGCCUUUCUUUAAGGACCAGGAGAGUUCUCCUUCAGGGAAAUACUCACCUCCUUCUCAAACCGAGUUGUGUCCCAGUCUGGAUGUCUUGUUCAGUCCUCUGUCUCCAGCUUCAAUUUGGACAUCUGCCUCAUCGCCUGAUAACAAAGAUACGGAGCCUGAAGAGGAUUUUAUUGACAUCAUUUUGCAGACAGGAGAAAUGUCGACCACCUACAAACCAGCACCAGACUUUUCUCCCCACCAUGUAAUCUCUCCUCAACCUCCCUCCCCCCUCCACCUGCUGCUCUCCCCCCCGCCCCACCCAGCUGUGACACCUCGCAGUCUGAGCUCCAGGCCUUUGACGACACCACAGAAGACAAACAACACCUCGGUAGCGCUGGGAAUGGCCGCCUGGAGGACUUCCUGGAAAGCACCACUGGGAAGCCUCUCCUGGGGGGGGAGCCUGGGGGUCUGAUGACUCUGAUCGAUGACCUCCACAGUCACAUGCUGUGCACCCCCAGCAUCUUGGACCGCCCCCUGUCUCCCCUGGAUACCUUCGACAUGGCAGCGGAGGGGGAGUCGGGGCUGGACUGCAUGGAUUGGUUGGACCUUACCAUGGGAAGAGAGAGGGAGGAGGAGACCCCCACUCUGGCCCCUCUUGGCCCACAGACACCACCAAGUGUCUUUUGCGCCGACUUCCUAGACACCUAUGACCUAAUUUAGUCACUUGUUAGCAAACUGCUGUUUUAAAGGUCACCUAUUAUGCAAAAUCCACUUGUUCAUG